AUGCUCUUCGACAAAUUCUCCACUGCCGGCCCGGUUCUCUCGAUUCGUGUCUGCCGUGAUGCGAUCACUCGCCGCUCGCUUGGCUACGCCUACGUCAACUUUCAACAACCAGCUGAUGCCGAACGUGCUCUCGACACGAUGAACUUCGACGCACUCAAUGGAAAGCCGAUUCGCAUUAUGUGGUCCAACCGUGAUCCAUCUACUCGUCGCUCUGGAGCUGGAAACAUCUUCAUCAAGAAUCUUGACAAGUCCAUUGACAACAAAGCUGUCUACGAUACGUUCUCGCUUUUCGGAAACAUUCUUUCGUGCAAGGUUGCUCUCGAUGAUGAGGGACAAUCGAAGGGCUAUGGCUUUGUGCAUUUCGAGACCGAGGACGCUGCAACUAGAGCCAUUGAGAAAGUUAAUGGAAUGCUUCUCGCUGGAAAACAAGUGUACGUCGGUAAAUUCCAACCUCGAGCUGCUCGUGCCAAAGAGAUCGGCGAGUCGGGCAAGCGGUUCACCAAUGUAUUCGUGAAGAACUUUGGAGAAGAUCUUGACCAGGAUACAUUGGAUAAACUCUUCGCAAAAUAUGGAGAGAUCAGCUCGAGCGCUGUUAUGACGGACAUUGAGGGAAAGAGCAAGGGAUUCGGAUUUGUCGCAUUUAAAGAGGCUGAAGAUGCCGAGAAGGCUGUUGAUGCUUUGAACGAGUUCGCUUUGGAAGGAUCCGACAAGAAGCUCUUCGUUUGCCGUGCUCAGAAGAAAGGAGAACGAUCUGCUGAGCUCAAGAGACGCUUUGAGAUGGCGAAAGCUGAGCGUAUGCAACGCUAUCAAGGAGUGAAUCUCUACGUGAAGAACUUGGAUGAUUCGGUCGAUGAUGAGACAUUGAGAAAGAGCUUUGAGGAAUUCGGAAAGAUCACCUCAGCCAAGGUGAUGACUGAUGAGAACGGGCGCUCGAAAGGCUUCGGUUUUAUCAUCUGCUCCAAACCUCUCUAUGUGGCACUUGCUCAACGCAAGGACGAUCGUCGUGCUCAACUCGCCUCUCAAUACAUGCAACGUCUCGCCAGCAUGCGCAUGUCUGGACCAAUGCCCACCACCAACAUCUACACAGCCGGAAAUGGAGGAUACUUUGUCGGAAGCGCUCUUCCAAACCAACGCGGCAACUUCAUGGCUGGAGGUGGAAUGCCCGCUGCCGCCAUGCGUGGACCUCAACGCUGGAGUGCUGCUGGAUUACCUGGACAAACCUUUGGACAAGCUCCUUACCUCGUCCAAACGCAAGGCUACCAACAACAACGCCGUCCAGGAGCCGCCCCUACUGGUCAACGCGCGCCGCAAGGAUAUCAACAACAAGGCGUCGCUCCACGUGGAGUCCCACAACAACGUGCACCAGCCGGAUACGCGCAAGCUGUUCGCCCAACUCCUCAACAGAAUAUCGUGGUUGGAGGACAAGAGCCACUCUCGUCUCAUGCUCUCGCACAAGCUUCUCCACAGGAACAAAAGCAAAUGCUUGGAGAGCGUAUUUACACCCUUAUCGACAAGAUGUACAACGGUCGAAACGAUGCCGGAAAGAUUACGGGAAUGAUGCUCGAAAUGGACAACGCUGAGUUGAUCAUGAUGUUGCAAGACGACGAGCUCUUCCGUCAAAAGGUCGGCGAGGCUGCCAAUGUCCUCCAACAGGCUCAGCAAAACCAAAUGCCCAAG